AUGGCCACUGCUGCUGUUGUGAACGGGAGCGCACCAUCGAGCGACUGGGAAGGUCGCUACCACCAUGUCGACCAGAUUCUGGAUCGGCCAGGUCCCAGGACAGAUCCUUCCUUCGCAGCGGGCGACGAGGUGAAGACGUUUCUGCGGGACAAGUGCAAGAUUCUCGUCAUCGGCGCGGGUGGUUUGGGCUGCGAAAUCCUCUCCAACCUCGCGCUUUCCGGAUUCAAGGAUAUUCAUGUAAUCGACAUGGAUACCAUCGACAUCAGCAACCUCAACCGUCAGUUUCUCUUCAGACCAAAGGACGUCGGUAGUUCGAAGGCCAUCGCAGCGGCAGAGUUUAUCAUGAACCGUGUACCAGGAGUCAAAGUGACCCCUUACUUUGGAAAGAUCCAGGACAAGGACGAAGCAUACUAUAUGCAGUUCAACCUGAUUAUUUGUGGACUUGACUCCGUGGAGGCGCGGCGAUGGAUCAACGCCACUCUUGUGAACAUGGUGGACGAGGAGAACCCAGAAAGCCUGAAGCCUCUCAUUGAUGGCGGUACCGAAGGCUUCAAGGGUCAAGCGCGUGUCAUCCUCCCCACCAUCAGCUCAUGCUACGAGUGUUCUCUUGACAUGCUCAACAAGCCAACCGCGUUCCCCAUUUGCACCAUCGCGAACACUCCUCGUCUCCCCGAACACUGUAUAGAAUGGGCUUCGGUACUAGAAUGGCCGCGGGUUCAUGGAGACAAGAAGAUGGACACAGAUAAUCCCGAGCACAUCUCUUGGUUGUACCAGGUCGCUGCGGCGCGUGCUAAGGAGUUCAACAUUGAAGGUGUGACAUACUCCUUGACUCAGGGAGUCGUGAAGAACAUCAUCCCUGCCAUUGCCUCCACAAAUGCCAUUAUUUCAGCCUCCUGCUGCAAUGAAGCGUUCAAGAUUGCGACGAGUUCCGCUGCUCUCCUUAACAACUACUUCAUGCUCAUCGGUACUGACAGCGUUUACUCGUACACUUUCGAGCACGAGAAGCGUAAGGACUGCCCUGUUUGCGGCGGCGAGUCCCUUGAGAUUUCGAUCAGCAAGGAUUGGACCGUGGAACGGCUGAUCGAGAUGCUCAUUGAAAGACAGGACAUUCAAGUCAAGAAACCGUCCCUCGCCGCGCCAGGCAAACAUAUCUACUUCCAAGCCCCGCCACAGCUAGAGCAAGCGACGCGUCCCAAUUUAGAGAAGAAGGUCUCAGAGCUUGUUGCAGACGGCGAUGCUGUCACCGUCACUGCAACUACUCUCCCCUUCAACCUGUCUCUGCGCAUCAACUACGUCUAG